CAGAACGGUCACGCGCAAGCGCGCACACGAGCACGCUGGGGGCAGAAGACGCGAGCAAGUCGUCAGCUUUUCUUCACUCGACGCGCGGCUUCCCUGUGAGAAAGUUCCGCGUGCCGCUAAACUCACAACUUUACCCGGCACAGGGGGGCUCGGUGAUGGCGCCCGUCAUGCGCCUCGCUUUUUUGCGGUUCGUUUCGGCCCUGGUGCUAUUGGUCCUGCUUCCGGUGUCGGCACAGGAGGCCCCGAGCGGGGUAAACGGCUUCAGUCUGCACCCGCCGUACUUCAACCUGGCCGAGGGCACCAAGAUCACUGCCACCGCCACCUGCGGGGAGGACGAGGCUGGAAAGAGCGUGCUCGACCUCUACUGCAAGCUGGUCGGCGGGCCGGUGUCAGGAGACCCAGGCCAGACCAUCCAGGGUCAAUACUGUGACAUCUGUCGCCAUGGCGACAGCGACCGCGCCCAUCCCAUCACCAACGCCAUUGAUGGCACCGAGCGAUGGUGGCAGAGCCCGCCGCUGUCGCGCAGCACGGAGUUCAACCAAGUCAACGUCACGCUGGACCUUGGACAGCUCUUCCAUGUGGCCUACAUCCUCAUCAAGUUUGCCAACUCUCCGCGUCCAGACCUGUGGGUUCUGGAAAGGUCCGUGGACUCCGGGCAGACGUACCAGCCAUGGCAGUACUUUGCCUCUUCCAAGCGAGACUGCAUCGAACACUUCGGACAACAAACCAUUGAGAGGAUCUACAACGACAACGACAUCGUUUGCACAAGCGAAUAUUCCCGAAUUGUUCCUUUGGAAAAUGGGGAGAUUGUAGUGUCGCUGGUAAACGGACGUCCUGGAGCGAUGAACUUCUCCUACUCCCCCGUGCUACGUGACUUCACCAAGGCCACCAACAUCCGCCUGCGCUUCCUGCGCACCAACACGCUCCUCGGACACCUGAUGGGGAAAGCCCUGCGAGAUCCCACCGUCACACGCCGGUACUACUACAGCAUCAAGGACAUCAGCAUUGGUGGGCGCUGCAUGUGUAACGGACACGCUGAAGCAUGUAAUGCUCAGGACCUCAACGAUCCGUACAAGCUGCAGUGCGACUGUCAGCACAACACCUGUGGUGCCUCAUGUGACCAGUGUUGCCCUGGAUACCAGCAGUUACCAUGGCAGCCAGCCACCAGUUUCAAUGCCAACGAGUGUGAACCAUGCAACUGUCACCGCCACUCGUUCGACUGCUUCUACGACACUGAUGUGGCACAGCGGCACGGCAGCCUCAAUUUCCGCGGAGAGUCCCGAGGGGGUGGAGUCUGCCUCAACUGUCAGCAUCACACAACCGGCGUUAACUGUGAGCGCUGUGUCCUUGCCUACUACAGAGCUCCAGGCACGCCCCUCGACUCACCGGAAGCCUGCGCACCCUGCGACUGUGAGUCUCCAUUCACGGACGGCACAUGUGAGGAUAUGACAGGACGUUGCUUCUGCAAGGAAAACUACACUGGCGACAACUGCGACCAAUGUGCUGACGGCUUUGUCAACUUCCCAGAGUGUUACCCAGCUUUCCCCAUGUAUCCCAGCAACAACAACGGUGAAGCAAAACCAGCCGGAGAGAUCAUUAACUGUGAGUGCAGCGCGGCCGGCACCAUUGACAACUCGUGCAGACCAGAUCCACAAAGCAGAACAUGCGUGUGCAAGCCUGGCUUCACUGGCGAUCACUGUGACACAUGUGCGGCGGGCUUCCACGGACUCAACUGCCAGGCGUGUCAAUGUUCAGGUCCGGGUUGCCUGGAUGGUUCCUGUGACACGCUAAUGGGUCACGGUGUGUGUCGUAUUGGUUUCCAUGGUUACCAUUGUGACCACUGUGCACCGGGCUACUUCAACUACCCAUUGUGUCAAUUGUGUGGUUGCAGUUCUGUGGGCUCGCUGCCUGAAGUAUGCAACACUUCUGGUCGCUGUCUAUGCAAAGGGGAAUUCCAGGGUCUUCGGUGUGAACGGUGCCGAUCCGGAUUCCACUCUUACCCCAAUUGUCAAGUGUGCACGUGUGACCCUCGUACCUCAUCCGACAACAGCUGCACGGCGUCGGGUCAGUGCCACUGCCGACCUAACUACAGCGGCGCCUCAUGUGACCAGUGUGCGCCCGGUUACUAUGGCUACCCCAGCUGCACACCGUGCCAGUGUUCCACAGAAGGUUCUCGUUACAGCAGCUGUGAUCAAGCGACUGGUCAGUGUGUAUGUCUGCACAAUGUUCAUGGCCUGCGCUGUGAUAGCUGUGCACAGGACACCUAUGGCUUCCCAUACUGUAAAGCUGGCACAUGUCAUCCUGCUGGUUCCGUACAUUACGUCGUUCCUCCUCCUGUGGGCCAUUGCAAAUGUCGUGACGGCGUGGAGGGUGUGGCCUGUGACCUCUGUAAACCUCUGUACUGGAACUUGUCCCCCAACACUCUUGAGGGAUGCACCAAGUGCGAGUGUAGCAGUGCCGGAACGCUGAGCGGUGUCGCCGAGUGCACACAGGAAAGUGGCCAGUGUCACUGCAAGCCAAACACCUGCAGUGGCACCUGCGCCACCUGUAAAGAUGGCUUCUACAACCUGCAGGAGCGCAGCUACUUUGGCUGCCAGGGCUGCCAGUGUGAUAUCGGUGGCUCUGAGGGUCAAGCCUGUGACGAGCGGAGCGGCCGCUGUCGCUGUCGACCCAAUGUGCACGGACCCAAGUGCGAUUUAGCCGCUGUGGAUCAUUAUUUCCCUGACCUUCACAACCUCAAAUUUGAGAUCGAAGAGGGCACCGUGUUGGACGGACGGCCGGUGCGCUUCGGCUACGACCCCAUCGAAUUCCCUGGCUUCAGUUGGAGGGGUUACGCUCAAAUGUCCACCAUCCAGUCCAAGGUGCUGGUGCUGGUGCGGGUGGUCUCUCCAGACCUCUUCCGCAUGGUGCUGCGCUACACCAACACGGGGGGCGUAGACGUCCGGGGUCGGGUGUCGGUGCUGGAGGACGAUGGGAAAAACUUCUGCGCCAACUGUUCCGAGCAGUCCAAAGAGAUUGUCUUCACUCCCGGCACGGGGCCAACCUUCGUCAACAUUCCCCAGGACAACUUUGUGGAACCUUUCGUUCUCAACCCCGGAACUUGGACUGUGCUCAUCGAGGCUGAAGGAAUCCUGCUGGAUUUUUUGGUCCUUCUACCCAGCGCCUACUACGAGGCUCCCGUCCUGCAAAUGCAUGUCACAGAGCCGUGCAUGUUCAACUCUCCACUGGAUGCCAGCCACAACUGUCUACAGUACACAUACUUGUCUCUGGAAGUCUUCCCUUCCCUGUUUGGGAAUGAUGCUAGUUGUCGCCAUGACAACCACCUGCCGCACCCCUGCCCCAUCGAAAGGGUCACCCUUCACCAUCCCGACAUGGCUGUUUGCAGUGGCUAUGACCAGAUCAGUGUGGAGAUGCGAGCAAACGUGAAGACUGAUGUCUAUGUGCUGGUGGUGGAGUACGCCAACGUGGAGGAGUCAGCACAAAUCCUCGCUGUGACCUUUAGUUUGCCAGGAGCCCAAAGGCAACAACACAGUGUUACUCUGAUGCACUGCACCUUCAGCUUCCUGUGUCGAGCGGUUGCUGUCGAUGAACACAAACGAGUGGCACGCUUCUCUCUGCCCGGUGACACGGAACUACAGCUGUCCGCUGAGAAGGCCGGCUUUUUCUUGCACAAAAUCUACCUGGUUCCUCAAGAGCACUUCUCCAUGGAGUAUGUGGAUCCUAAAGUCCUUUGCAUCAGCACUCAUGGACACUUCUCCAAUGACAGCUCUUCCUGCGUCCCCUCGCGCUUCCAGACACCGUCUAACUCACUGGUCCUGAAGGAGAGUCAGAGGUCCAACACGCAGGAUCCCAUCUUGGCUUCGCCUGCUGGCACCCUCCCCCUUCCCAGCCCCCAGAGGCACCGAUCAGCCUGGGCGGCAGCAGACCUACCCCCCCAGGCAGCGGACAAUGGCGACCACAUUAGACUGGACUCGCUGCGGAAUGCAGCAGUGUACGCUACUCACGUCCACGCACCAGGCCGCUAUGUCUUCAUUCUCCACUAUCAUCAACCUCUGCACCCGGCUUACCCCAUCCAGGUCGACAUCAACGGCGGUCACAUCUGGAAAGGCCACGUCAACGCCUCCUUCUGCCCGCACGCGUAUGGCUGUCGGAAUGUCCUGGUGUCGGAAAACCAGAUCAUCCUCGAUGUGAGCGACCGCAAGCUCUUCCUCAGCGUGCAGGUUCCUGCGGGUAAAACACUGUGGCUGGACUACGUGCUGGUGGUGCCUGAGUCCAGCUACAGCUCCAGCUAUCUGAGUGAGGAACCUCUGGACAAAUCCUACGACUUCAUUAGCAACUGCGGCCAAAGCAGCUUCUUCAUCAAUCCGUCCAGCACCUCGUCGUUUUGCCUUCGUGCCGCCAUGUCGCUGUCCGCCUUUCUCAACAACGGCUCGCUGCCGUGCACGUGUCAUGAGGCCGGCGCCGAGAGUAACACCUGUGAGCCGUUCGGCGGUCAGUGCCGCUGCAGGCCCAACGUGAUCGGUCGAGACUGCUCCGUGUGCGCCACGGGGCACUGGGGCUUCCCCGACUGCAGGCCGUGUAACUGCGGCGCCAGGCUGUGUGAGCCCACGUCAGGCGAAUGUAUCUGCCCGCCGCGGACCCUGCCGCCUGAGUGCACCCAGUGCGAGCCGCAGACAUUUGGCUGCCACCCGGUCGUCGGCUGCGAGUUGUGCAACUGCUCCCGGCCCGGAAUCGCGGUGCCCGACGUCAGCUGCGACAUGCUCAGCGGACAGUGCAGAUGCAAGAACAAUGUGGUGGGUCGGCAGUGUGACCGCUGCGCAUCUGGUUUCCACGGUUACCCAAAUUGCCAACCAUGUGACUGCAAUGAGGCAGGGACUGAGGAAGAAGUGUGCAACUCCUUCACAGGACAAUGCCUCUGCAAGGAGAAUGUCCAGGGCUCUCGCUGUGACCAGUGCAGAAUUGGUACAUUCCAUUUGGACCCUACCAACCCCAAGGGUUGCACCAGUUGCUUCUGCUUCGGUGCCACGGACCGCUGCAGGAGUUCAGACAAGAGAUACAGCGAGAUCCUGAACAUGGAAGGCUGGGUGCUACUCAGUGCAGACAAAAAUGAAGUGCCAGUCAACGUGUAUCCGGAUCAGGACCUGGUGGAGGGCGACCUUAGCGACAUUCCUGACGUGUACCAGGACCUUCACUGGUAUGCGCCCAAGACCUACCUGGGAGACAAGGUGUCGUCUUACGGAGGUUACCUGAGAUAUGGUCUUCACACGCAGACCAUGAGAGGAGAUGUUUGGUCUCUACCUGCAGAACCUCCCAAACCUGACAUCAUCCUCAAGGGCAACCAGAUGACGGUGGUGUUCUUGGAGCGCGAAUAUGCUUCUCCUGAGGAGCCACAUUUAGGAAUUGUGCACAUGGUGGAGGGAAGUUUCCGGCACGCUCAGACUGGCAACUCGGUCUCCAGGGAGGAGCUAAUGAUGGUUCUGGUGGCUCUGGAGUCCCUGCAGAUCCGAGCCCUUCAUUCCCACUUGGCCCACUCGGUGUCACUCCGCGGUGCCAUACUGGAGGGUGCCGAGAGCUUGCCCGCCGGUCGCCAUGCCAACAACGUGGAGCUCUGCAUGUGUCCUGCCAACUACUUGGGAAACUCCUGCCAGAAAUGCGCUCCGGGUUUCUACAGGGACACCAUCGGACUCUUCCUUGGAAAAUGUGUGCCCUGCAACUGUCACGGACAUUCUGAUCAAUGUUUCGAUGGCUCAGGAAUCUGCAUGAACUGCCAACACGACACGGCUGGCAACCAUUGUGAGAAGUGUCAGGGUGGUUUCCUUGGCAACAGCAGCGUGGAUGGAAAGACGCUGUCAUGUUCCAGUUGUCCGUGUCCACUCGGAGUGCUGUCCAACAAUUUUGCUGUAGGUUGCGUGCAGAAGAACGAGCGCAUGCAUUGCUUGUGCAUGCCCGGUUAUGCCGGGCCACACUGUGAAAGGUGUGCCCCCGGUCACUACGGUAACCCUACGGUGCUGGGCAGCACGUGUCGGCCGUGCAGUUGCCACGGCAACACGGACCCCAACAUGCUUUUCACCAACUGCCACCCGCUGACGGGUGAGUGUCUGAGCUGCGUGCACAACACAACCGGGCCUCACUGCGAUGAGUGUGCUCCCGGCUACCACGGUGACGCCGUCUCCGCAAAAAACUGCACCCAAUGCAGUUGUUCGCCGUGCGGCACCGAGUCGUGUGACCCUCACACCGGGGAGUGCCGCUGCAAACCGGGAGUGAGCGGACCUCAAUGCCACCGCUGUCAGGACGGCUCGUUCGGUUUCGAGUCAUGCGCGGGGUGUCGUCCAUGCGACUGCGGUGCCUCGGCAGCACUGGUGCGGCCUUGUGACUCUCAGAGCGGUCGGUGCGAGUGCCGGCCCGGCGUGGACGGACCCAACUGUCGCCACUGCGCUCCCGGAUUCUGGCACUAUGGAGCUGACGGAUGCAAGCAGUGCGACUGUAAGGGUGGACACUGCGACCCGCGGACCGGAGAGUGCCGCUGUCGGGACGGCAUGGUGGGAAAACAGUGUGACGCCUGUUCGGAUGAAUACAACAUUCCCGUUGCGCGUGGUCACGACCUGCACUGCGAAGCAUGCGACAGCUGCGUCGUUGUCCUGCUGGAGGAUCUGGACGAGAUCGACUUUGACUCGCUCGCUGCACAUCUGCUCAACCUCAACGCCAGCACCGUGGCCUGGAUGCAGCUGCGCAAGCUCAACGCGUCCAUGAAUGACAUCGCCCACACCUACAAGAAGUACUACAGUUCACUGAAUGGGAGCCGCCAUCGCGUCAACAUACUGGAUGGCGAGAUUGUGAACAUCAGCGCAGACGUGGACAUGCUGCAGGACAAGACCGCAACGACGCCCAAGCAACUGAGCGAGCUGGCAAACGGCACCUCCGACACUCACCGGAGGGCGCAAGACCUGCUGGGCUUCAUCCACGUGGUGGCCAAGGAUUUAAAUGAUGUCAUGCGGAUGGCCAACGGGUCGCUGAACGCCAUAGAAAUAGAUCAGGGCGUAGGCGACCAGGAGAGGAAGACAAGGGAGGUGGAGGCCAUGUUGGGCGAGUUGAGGAGCAGAAGCUGCGCGGGACAGAAGAAAAUAGCUGACCGGGAGAAGACUGAGGCGGAAAAAGCGUUGGAGCGUGUGGAUGAGGACAUGGCGCGUCGUCAGGAGGACAACGAGAAUGCAGUUGAAGCCACCAAAGAAUACCUGUCCCGCUUCCAUGCCGACAUGAUGGAGCUGCGGGACGCUCUGAACAAGGCAAUCAACAAGACGUCCCGAGCUACCGACGUCAACAACAGCAACCAGAAGACACUGGAGGAUAACAAGAGGGGAGUGGAUGAGCUGACAUCCGAACGCAAGGAUGUAGAUGAGCGGCUGCACGUGGCGGAAGACCAUGUGGCUCAAGUCAACGAGCUACAGUCCAUGCUGCAUGACUCCAAAGAGGGUUAUGAGCGUUUGGCGGCGCAGCUGGACGGCGCCAGGACACCAUUGUCCAAGAAGGUGGAGGACUUCACUAGGGCCCACUCCAAGAUACCCCUGGUGGAGGAAGCUGAGCACCAUGCGAAUAUGCUCCAAGCUUUGGCCAUGAACCUGUCCAGGUUUGUGGAGGGGACAAAGACCAAGGGUUUGGUGGACGUUACCGAGGCCAACGGCAAAAUCGUCAGUGGCAUCAAAGCGGCUGAGAAGGCGGCACACGAGGCGGAUAAAGCUGCUAGCAAGGCGCUGGAGGUGAAGAAUGUCGGAGACAAGAACCUCAGCCACAUGGCCGACUCCCUGAGGAACCGCAGUGUGGUGCUGAAGGAGGAAGUGGAAAACAUUCAUGAAAAACUCAACAAUGAGUUAAAACCUCAGCUGGAAGAUGCCCGGAAGCGACUGAAUGAUGCCAAAACCAAACAAAGUCAAGUGGCUACAGACUUCAAGACCGUCCAGAACAACCUGAACUCCUCCUCCAACCAAAGUCAUUACCUCGACGCAGCACAGCAAGCAGUGUAUCAGGCCAAUGUGUCUGCCUCACAAGUCAGUGACAUCCUGCGUCCAAUCAGAGUGCAGCUGCUCCAAUGGCAGCAGACUUAUAAUGACACCACCACCACCACCAAGGACGUCAACAAGGCUCUAAUGGAGGCCAACAAGACGGUGAGCACGCUGGGCGACACGAUCCCGCUCCUCCUGAACAAGCUGGACAAGCUGCACAACCACUCGGCACAGAUGCCGAACAUCUCGGAGAACAUCAGCCGCAUCCGACAGCUCAUCCGCCAGGCGCGGAAUGCCGCUAGCAAGGUAAACGUUCCUGUCAAGUUCAGCGGCGCAUCCGGCAUUCAGGUGCGCACCCCGCCCAACUUGGCUGACCUCGCGUCCUACACCUCCCUCAAGUUCUACAUCACGUUGCCCGAGGCGGCGCGGUCCCGCCGGCAAGACGACAGCGCCAAGCAGUUUGUCUUCUACCUCGGCAACAAGGACUCCACUAAGGACUUCCUGGGAAUGGCGCUGGAUGGGAGGAGGCUGCGCUGGUACUUCAACAUCGGAGGAGAAACGGCAGAGGUGUUCAUGUCUGAGGAUGUUCAGUCCAACGGGAACUUCAACAGUGUUGUCCUGGAGAGGAUCCUGCAGUACGGUCAGAUGUCCAUGUCCUCGGAGGCCUCUGAAGGCGACCAUCGGGUCACUAAAGCCUAUGUGGAGGCGGGAGGAGAUCAGGGGCUACUCAACCUUUUGACCCAUGACACGGUCUUCUUUGUGGGGGGCUACCCCAGCACGUUUAAACCCCCUCCCCCGCUGGCCCUGCCGAGCUUCAGGGGCUGCAUGGAGCUGGACACCCUGAACGAGGAAGUGCUCAGCUUGUACAACUUCGAGAACAUCUUCCAUCUGAACACCACGCUGGAGAAGCCGUGCGGCAGGUCCAAGCCGGCGCUGACGCAGGCCUGGGUGAACGACGCCGCAUACUUUGACGGCACGGGCUUCGCCGAGAUCUCCUUCAACGAUGAGUCGGCGCGCAUGCAACGCUUUGAACAGGAAGUCAAGCUGAUUUCACACAAAGGGAUUUUGCUGCUGCUUCACAACAAAGACGAGUUCCUGUGUCUGGCCGUAGUCCGAGGCCACCUGAAGGUUUUCAUCCAGUUCGGCGGUGAGAUGGAGGAGUUUCAGCCCAAAGAUCCCACCUCCCCGCUCCUCAGGGUCAGCGAUGCCCAUCCCAAAGUGUUGGAGAUCAUCAUCCUGCGAUCUCCUCCGUAUCGAGUGGUGGUGAGGAGCAACCGCAUCGCGCUCUUCACCCACCUUUUCUCUGAGAACAUCCCAGCCUUUGGACGCAAAUACUUUCUGGGAGGAGUCCCCGAACACAACAUGCCCGACAGAUUGCGGCCCGUGUUUCCCCAGCAGGGAUCUCUGAAGGGAUGUUUCCGGAACGUCAAGGCACAGAACUCCCACAUCGACCUGAAGAGGAUGAAGAGCUCCGGAGUCAGUUUUGGUUGUGACAGCGACCUGCUGGUGGCUCGUGAGGCUCACUUCUCGGGUCAGAGCUACCUGGACUUGGCGCUGAGCAACGUUCCUGGACUCAGGAGCGGCUUCUAUGUCAGCUUCAGCUUCAGGACCGAGCACAAGGAUGGACUCGUGUUCUUCCACCACGACAAGGACGGCGUUUGUCAGGUGUUCCUGCAUGAGGGUCAUGUGGUGGUGAGAGCAGGUAACACUCAGGUGAAGACACUGAAGACAUACAACGACAACAACAGUCACUACGUGGGCAUCUACAAUAACGUCAACGGGUUGCGUAUGUACAUGGACGACGUGCUAGAGAAGUCCAAGGAGGAUGUCUGGCUGGACAGCAGGGGGCGCGGCUUUGCGGCCAGCACGGAGGGGCGCACCUUUUUGGGGGGAAUGCCCGAUCGGAGCCUGAGCAACCUCACGGGAUGCGUCAGCAAUGUCUUCAUCAGGAGGGCAAGCGGUCCCCAGAUGGUGGUGAACCUGCUCAAGGUCCGAGACAACGUCAAUGUUCCCCUCGACUGUCCUGCUGCCACAAGGCCUCAGCAGAUUGUCGCCGUGCCACCCAAACACACCAACAAGCCCAAGGAGAAGCACAAGAAGCUGUUCGGGUCACGCAGUCGCAACACCAGGGAGUCGUGCCAGGGGGCGCUGUUGGAGCAGGAAGUGGGAGCGGCGCAAUUCAGCGGCUCCACACGAAGCUACCAACGCUACGACUCACUUCCUGCUUUGCUGAGCUCCAAGGCUCACAUCUCGCUCGCCGUGAGGAUCAAUUCGUCAGAAGGUUUGAUCCUCUCCAUGUCGGGCGGCGCCCUGACGCUGAGCGUGUCGGAGGGUCAUCUGCUGCUGUCGACGGGCGCGAAGAGGAAGGUCAGGCUGCGCAGCCGCGCCAAGACGGAUGACGAGCAUUGGCACACGGUGUUCAUUAAGCGCGAUACGGACAAGGUCGGUAUGGUCGUGGAUGGCAUCGGCGCUCAGUCGAGGAGGAUCUCUGCCGGAGACGGCGCGCGCGUCGGCGCGCCGUUGUACGUGGGAGGACUGCCGCCGCAAUCUCCCACGUCCGGUUUCGUCGGCUGCGUCCGUGAUCUGACGCUGAACGGGAUCCCCGCAGGAAUUCCCGCCCGCAGCCAGGGCGUGGUCCCCUGCUUCCAGAAGCCUCUGCUGCCCGGGGCCUUCUUCACAGGCGAGGGAGGACACGUGGUUUUAGAUGAGCCGCUGGUCCUGGGCGGCGACCUGGAGAUUCGACUGGAAGUGCGUCUGGUGUCCGACUCUGGGCUACUGCUGCAUGCUGGGACAAAUUCUAGCCAGCGUCUGAUCUUGACGCUGCGCAGAGGAGAGGUGAUGCUGUCCAUUAGCAGUGGCAAAGACGAUGCCUCCUUGUCGUUGCUACCGGAGGAGGCACUCUGCAAUGGACGCUGGCACACCAUCGCAGUGGUGAAGAAGAAGAACGUCCUGCAACUCCAUGUGGACGCGGACAGUGAGCGCGGCACCGGACCGAAACAUGGCCACUCGACAAGGACCAGAGAGGCGGUUUACCUGGGAGGAGCUCCGGAUGGAGAUACCGUGUCGCCAGGCCUGCCCACCUUUAAUGGCUGCAUACGUCAUGUGAACGUCAACGGUCGCCCCGCCCCCUUUACCAAAGUUCGUGGCGCCGUGGGGACACACGGCUGCCCUGUUGCUUAGCGCCAACACACAAGUGUACAUGCGGUCUUCACAUUCCAUGGGUGCAAAUGAAUGGUGGCGGGAAUUAAUUUAUAUCUAUUUCAAUAUUUAUUGUCAAUUUUUGAUAUAUUUGAUAUCUACAGGAUGCUCCAGUGUGUGCUCACAUACGUGAUGUGAAAAUGUGCCCCACGCUGAACUUCAUGUAUUCACAUUUGUUUGUUCCACAAUGCUAACCACAUUAAUUCUUUCAUGUACUUUGACAUUAAACUUGUAAACACGA